AUGAGUAGAUGGGAAUUCAACCUUAAAAAAUAUGACGAAAAAUGUGAAAGCAUGACGGAGCCCUUUGGAUAUAAAUUCGAGAAGGACGUGAAAGGAGCAUACGGAGUAGGAGACAGUUACUUGAAAGUCGAAAAAAAUAUAAACAAUUUAAAUAAGACAAACAAAAGCGAAGUUAACAAAUCAACCACAACAACUGCAAUUAGCGAAAAGGUGCUAGACAAAAAAGCGUGGGGUAUUUGUCUGAAUGCAUUCAAAGGAUUAGUGAUGAAUAUAUUUGUUAUGUUCAUGUCGGGAGGCGCGUCAGGGAUUUUUGGCAUAAUUUUUAUUGUGUACUCUGUGUAUAACAUUUUAAAAUCGUUACUUAACAUAAAUGAUGCAUUUAAGAGUGUGGAAAAUAAUUCCAACCAGAAAUUUUGGGCACAGAAAUUUUGUUUUGCCCUUAUAAAUUUUCUUGUUUUUCUUUACAUUAUGAAUACGAUUCGGCAGAAGGCCAUGUCCACUGUUUUUUAG